AUGAAAGAUUAUCACAUUUUAAUUGCCAUAUUUAUGAUAUUAGGAUUUGUACUAAAUGUAAAAAUAAGUAAAAAAGUCAGUUUUCUAAAUAAUACUUAUAACUUAAAUAAAUACAAAACAUUCAAAGUAAACAGAAACAAAUAUAUAAAAAUAUACAAUGGCAAAAAUGAUAAAUCCAAUAAAUUUCUCUUUGAUGAAUAUGAUGAAAAUUGUAUUAAGGCUUUAAUUAUGGCUAGGGAAGUUGCUAAAAAUAAUAAUGAAAAUGAGGUUUUGCUUAAGCAUCUACUUAUUGCAAUACUUAAAACGGAUUCAAAUAUCAUAGAACACAUCUUUAAAUAUUUUAACAUAUCAUUACAACAUUUUAUAAAUAAAUUUAAUACAGAACUCGACAAAAAUAAUCUAAAAAAAACAGGACAAGAACCAAAUGAUCAAAACUCUAAUCAAUCUGAACAAAUAGAUUUACACAAAUCUAACAUUCAAACUGCUGACGAAGAAAAUAAGUUUAUAAAUGACAAACAAAUAAAAGAUGAAGAAUAUAAUCAUAUUAUCCUAAACAAUUUAAACAAUGAAUCAAAUGAUGUUAUUAAUAAUAAUACUGAUUCUACUAGUAACGCAAAUUAUGACUCUGACAAAGUUACAGACAUAUCAAACAGUUACAAUAAUAAUGUAGACCCUAAUCUUGUAGCAAGCCAAAACAAAGAAAAUGAAAAAAAACAAGAAGACGAUAAAAAACUGAACGAUGAAAUCCUUUUAUUUAAUAAUAGUAAUGCCAAACGAAAUAGCCAAAAGAUAUCAAAACCAAAUAAGGAAAUAAAAUUUUCAGAAAAUUGUAAAUUAGUUCUUCAAAACGCUAUUUUAGAAGCUAGAAAAAAAAAUAAAAUUUUUGUAAACCUUACUGAUAUAUUAAUAUCUAUGAUUAAUAUUGCUCAAGAAAAUAAGGAAUGUGAUUUUGUAAAAUAUUUAAAUGAACUUAAUAUAAAUUUAAAUGAUUUAAAAAUGCAAAUAAAUAAUUAUGAUGAAAAUAAUUUAACCUCAACACUUAUCCAUUCACCAUUUAAUAAAAAUACAAUUCAAAAUGAUGAAAGACAUAAUAAUGAACAUGAAAUUGGAAAUCCAAAUGGAAAUCAUUAUCCCGAUAAACAAUAUAAAAACAUGUCUGAUCAAUCAAAUAAUAUUAUAAACAAUAUGAGUAACGAAUAUAUAAAUCAAGAAAAGUAUUUCAAAAAUAAUGAAGAUAAUAAUUUUCCACAAAAUAAUAAAUUUAUCCCUUCUGUAAUUACAAAAGAUUGUUUAGUUGAUUUAGUACAACGAGCUUAUGAAAAAAGGUUCGAUAAUUUUUUUGGAAGACAAGAUGAAAUAAAAAGAAUAAUAGAAAUAUUAGGAAGGAAAAAAAAAUCAAAUCCAUUAUUAGUCGGAGAAACAGGUGUUGGUAAAACUGCCAUUGUUGAACAACUUGCAUAUUUAAUAUUAAAAAAUAUAGUACCAUAUCAUUUAAAAAAUUGUAAAAUAUUUCAAUUGAAUCUUGGAAAUAUUGUAGCUGGAACUAAAUAUAGAGGAGAGUUUGAAGAAAAAAUGAAACAAAUAUUAGCAAACAUAAGUAAAGAUAAAAAAAAUAUUUUAUUUAUUGAUGAAAUACAUGUAAUUGUUGGAGCAGGAAGUGGAGAAGGAUCAUUAGAUGCAUCUAACAUAUUGAAACCAUUCUUAUCAUCAGAUAAUUUACAAUGUAUUGGUACAACAACUUUUCAAGAAUAUUCAAAAUAUAUUGAAACUGAUAAAGCAUUAAGAAGAAGAUUUAAUUGUGUUAAUAUAAAACCACUUAAUAGUAAUGAAACAUAUAAACUGUUAAAAAAAAUUAAAAAUUCAUAUGAGCAAUAUCAUAAUAUAUAUUAUACUAAUGAAGCUCUUAAAUCUAUUAUACUUCUUUCUGAUGAUUAUUUACCUACCUUGAAUUUCCCGGAUAAAGCUAUUGAUAUUUUAGAUGAAGCUGGAUCGUAUCAAAAAAUAAAAUAUGAAAGAUAUAUCACAAAAAAGUUAAGAAAUGAAAAUAACAUUAAGACUGAUCCUGGUAAAGUAGAAGAAAAAAUAGACAUAAACAAAACAGAUGCUAUAAAUUUAGAACCUAAUCAAGUUAACAAUAAUUCGACAGAUGUAUCAUCUCAAGUUGAAUCGAAUUAUCUUGCUAAUGAUCUUCAUAUGAAAUAUGUGACAUCAGAUGUGAUCGAAAAUAUAGUAAGUAAAAAAUCAUCUAUUUCUUUUAUUAAAAAAAAUAAAAAAGAAGAAGAAAAAAUACAAAACUUAAAAGAAAAAUUAAAUAAAAUUAUAAUAGGACAAGAAAAAGUAAUAGAUAUAUUAUCAAAAUAUUUAUUUAAAGCUAUAACAAAUAUUAAAGAUGCAAAUAAACCAAUCGGUACACUUUUAUUAUGUGGCUCGUCUGGUGUUGGAAAAACAUUAUGCGCUCAAGUUAUUUCACAAUAUCUAUUUAAUGAUGAUAAUAUAAUUGUAAUAAAUAUGAAUGAAUAUAUAGAUAAACAUUCGGUUAGUAAAUUAUUUGGUAGUUAUCCAGGUUAUGUAGGAUAUAAAGAAGGUGGUGAAUUAACUGAAGCGGUAAAAAAAAAACCAUUUUCAAUUAUACUCUUUGAUGAAAUCGAAAAAGCACAUAGUGAUGUUUUACAUGUACUACUACAAAUUUUAGAUAAUGGCAUAUUAACAGAUUCAAAAGGAAAUAAAGUUUCAUUUAAAAACACUUUUAUAUUUAUGACUACAAAUGUUGGUUCAGAUAUUAUAACAGAUUAUUUCAAGGUAUACAAUAAAAAUUAUGCAAAUUUUGGUUUUAAAUAUUAUAUUAAAAAAGAGAAAAACGAUAAAGUAGAACUACCAGACACAACAAAUACUAACACACAUAAUAGUCAAGAUAAAAUACAAACAGAUCUCGAUAUUUUUGAAGAAAAAAUUAAAACAAAUAAAUGGUAUGAUGAACUUCAACCAGAAAUCGAAGAAGAAUUAAAAAAAAAAUUUUUACCAGAAUUUUUAAAUAGAAUAGAUGAAAAAAUAUUAUUCCGUCAAUUUCUUAAAAGAGACAUUAUACAAAUUUUAGAAAAUAUGAUUGAAGAUUUAAAAAAAAGAAUUAAAAAAAGAAAAAAAUUAAAUAUAUUAAUAGAUGAUAAUAUAAUUAAAUAUAUUUGUUCUGAUGAAAAUAAUAUUUAUGAUAUCAAUUUUGGAGCUAGAUCAAUUAGAAGAGCAUUAUAUAAAUAUAUAGAAGAUCCGAUUGCUGCUUUUUUAAUUUCUAAUGAAUAUGAGCCUAACGACACAAUGCAUUUAACCUUAUCACCCACCAAUCAAAUUCAUGUCAAUCUACUAAAACACACUAUCACUUCCCUAUCCUAA